UACUUGUCCGGGUUUCCGUAUCGCACGCGAGAACGACCAGUGUCCUCGGCCUCCCCGCAGUGCCUUCGUCGUGUGGUCCGUCCUGGCGUCGACCCCCUCGUGCGAAAAGUGAUCAUACGCUCGUUACACCAUCUUGCGUCCACUGGGAGUGUGUCGUUUACCUUCCGGAAAGAGAGACAAGGAAAGCAUACGAGGAUAUUUCAUCAUUCUUGUUGAGGCGCGAACGGCAUGGUGGAUAGUCAGGAGGGAUUUUAGAUUUUGAGAGAGAUACGCGAAGCCGUAGACUGCAUUACGCCCAUGACCACGAUGUCCCGCUCGUUCCUGGUGGAUUCCCUCAUCACGCCACGUCCCUCGGAGGCCAAUGGGCGUGCCCCCCGAGGCUACAGUCCGCCCACCAGCACACACAUGCCCACUCUACUGCCCCUGCACCCAUGCCCGCCUGGGAAACACAGUGACGUGCUCUCGCUCUACUCAUGCCGUGCCUGUGUGCCCAUCCCGCCCGCGCUGAAGCAGGCCAUGGCGCCCACGCUCACGUCGAGUUUCACGCCCACCAUCGGCUCUACCUUCGGCCACACGCCCACCUCCCUCGCCCACACGCCCGUUCUAAGGCCCGUGCCCGUCUCGCUACCGCCCAUCUAUCCCCUGUACACGCCCUCUACGCCCACGCGAGUGCACCUCACAUCACCGCCCACGCCCCUUCCGGAGAAAAAGUCACCAGUGCAAGCCACGGGCGGAGUGACGCGCCCUCGCUCGGAGUCGCCCGCCGAGGACAUCCCUUCGUGCAAGAGAAUACGAACGGCCUUCACCUCCACGCAACUGCUUGAACUGGAGCGCGAGUUCGCCUCAAACAUGUACUUGAGUCGGCUGAGGAGGAUCGAGAUAGCGACGUACCUCAAUCUGUCGGAGAAACAGGUCAAGAUCUGGUUCCAGAACCGACGCGUCAAGUACAAGAAGGAGGAGGGCGGGCAGUCGCGCGACAAGUGCUCCUGCCUGAGGACCUGCUCGUCCUCGCGGGGGCGCGGCAAGGACCAGGGGGGGGAGCCGGGGGGGUGCGACGGGCAGGGUGUGCCGACGGGGGGGUGUGGCGAGGGCGCGAGUCCCCCCCACCACCCCCUCCGGCGGGCUGAGGGCGAGAGGGACGCCGACGGCGCGCUGCGGGCCGGCGACGCGGGCGAGCGGGGCGCCGACGGGGACCUCUCGAGGCGCCUCGACGACGACAAGGCGCUGGCGCGUGAGGCGGCGCUGCGGCUGGGGGGCGUGGGCGCCGUCGCGGGCGGCGGGGGGGACGGGGGCGACGACAAGGCCUGCCUCCAGCACCUCCACGACCACCACCACGACCACCUCCACCUCCUCCACAAGCAUCAGCAGCUCCUCCACCAGCAGGGCCGACACCCCGCCGCGGAGGACGCCAGCUACGCCCGCGGCCGCGCCUACGAGUCGGACGCCGACUCGGAGUAUGAGCGCGACAGCAACGAGAACAUCGACGUCGUGUGAGCGAGUCGGGCGCCAGGGGGGAAGGGGGGGGGGGGUCAGCGGAAACGAGUCUGUCUUAAUGAAGUCGCCACCGGACCUGUCAGGCGCAAAGGAAGUGUAUGCCAAUGUUUAUAUGUAAUUACAAGUACAUAUAUAUGUAUAUAUACAUAUAUAUAUAUGUGUGUGUGUAUAUAUGAAUGUACAUAUACAUAUAAACAUUUUUUUUUUUUCCAGAGCACAGCAUUGCGUGUUGCCUUCAGAGUUAUAUAAAAUGGUCUGUCAUUUAGAGAUACGUAUGCAUGUGUAUACUUCUAUUUUAUAUUUGAGUUUAAUGUGUACAAUAUAGUAAGGAAAGUGAAUGUAAAUAAAAGGUGGAAAUGAUAGCAGAAUGCAAUAAAUGUACGCCUCAGAUAUUACGUUAAAUCUUCAGCUGUAUCAUCGAAUAACUUUUAAGUGUUUUACAACUCGCAGAUUGGUGUGAGAUGGCGUAACACAUCACAUUUCACGUAUUUUGUUUUAUUUAUACAUCAUUAUAAUUUUCAUUACGCCUGUAACCAGUGACUGUGUUCCGCCAGUGCCUGUAUUAUUUGUCGUAACUAAAGCCUUAUGUAUGUACAAUACCUA